UCCCAUAACUCAUAAACUUUCUCAAAAGUCUGAAAAAUAUAUGAUAUGCAAGAAAGAGUGAUGAUGAUGGAGUUACAAGAAGAAGGGUUUCGGUUUCAUCCUACGGAUUCAGAGUUAAUCACAUUCCUUUUAAGAUUUUUUGUUAAAAAAGAUUUGCGUGACAAUGGUUUUAUUACGAUGCAUGAUGUUUACAAAGAAGAACCUUGGGUAACUUAUGGGUAUGGGAGCCACUGUGGAGGAGAUGAUAAUGAGGACACUAGUAUUUUCCGCUACUUUAUCACGCCAAGGCAUAAGAAGAAGGAAGGUAACGUGAGAUUUCACAGGGUUGUGGGUGCAAAUCUUGGGACUUGGAAGCAGCUAGAUAAGGGGAAAAAGAUUAUGAGUAAUCAGAGCAGCAAACCUUUGAAUGUCGGAAUUAAGAGGAGUCUCUCUUAUGAUACUAAGAGUACUUAUUGUCCUGAUGAUGGCAAGUGGGUCAUGAAGGAAUAUGAAUUUUCUGAAGCUAUUCUUACAAAGUUUAGAAACUCUGAGCUUAAAAAUUAUUGUAUUUGUGCCAUAAAAAAGAGGUCCAAGAAAGAUUCUUCUAAUGGUUGUUAUCCAAGUAGCAAUAAUAUGGGGUUUUCUGCACAAGAAAAGGUGGAUACAGAGCCACAGAUGGAUCAGCAAUAUUACAAUAAUGCAAUCACUCCUAUCUCUAUUGUUGAACCAAUGGCAGAGGUGCAAAUUCAAGAGGCUUCAUCAGGUGAAGAGAAUCAUGUUUUGGGGCUAACUACUUCUUCUCAAAUUCAAGAAUCUAUGAAUAGUGUGUUGUUAGAAAAUAACGAUACUGUAAUAAGGGAUAUGUGGAAUGAGAACUAUGGGAUGAUCAGUCAUCCUAUCAAUACUGUUGAACCAAUGGCAAAGGUGCAAAUUCAAGAGGCUUCAGAGAAUGAUGUGUUGGGGCUAACUUCUUUUUCUCAAAUUCAAGAAUCUAGUAUCAAUGGGUUGUUAGAAAAUAAUGAUACUGUAAUAAGGAAUAUGUGGAAUGAUCAGAACUAUGGGAUGAUCAGUCAUCCUAUCAAUAUUGUUGAGCCAAUGGCAAAGGUGCAAAUUCAAGAGGCUUCAGAGAAUGAUGUGUUGGGGCUAACUUCUUUUUUACAAAUUCAAGAAUCUAGUAUCAAUGGGUUGUUAGAAAAUAAUGAUACUGUAAUAAGGAAUAUGUGGAAUGAUCAGAACUAUGGGAUGAUCAAUCAUUCUAUCAAUCCAGUGGUGGAAUUUGAUGUGCAAAUUCAAGAGGCUUCAUCAGGUGAAGAGAAUGGUGUUUUGGGAUUUGAAAAUUACGCGAUGCCAGAAAAUCUGCUCAAGGAACUGGUGUUGGAAAACAACCAGCCACAAUAUCAACCAGCAGACCUGCAGGAAGGUUGUACUACUUUUGGUGUUAAUGAGGCCUAUAUUGGAUAUUGGCAACUUCAAGGCAAUGAUACAACAGGCUUUGUUCAACUACUAUCGAGCUAAUGAUGGAUUCUGUUAAUGCUGUACUAUACACUUUGGAAUUAGAUUUCAAAUUAUUCUAUCUAAUGUUUUUGCAUUCUUCUAUUUAAAGAGGUUUCUUUGUUAUGAUCAAACUUGUUUUUUUUUCUUAGAUAUUUAAAGUGUACUUCUUUCUUGGUAGUA